UGUCGCCUUCUCUCGUCCAGGGAAAGGCGGCGGCGGCGGCGGCCUGCAGGUGUGGAAAGGUGUGUUGCUUCAGAGGAUCGAUGGCCAAGUAGUUAAGCUUAAAUCAAAGAUGCUGAGCCUAUAGGCAGUGGGUGACUGCAGUCAAUCAGAAAAACUUCUUCAGUCCAACGUUGGGGUAAUGGAGCAAGCACAGGAUUCAGUUACACAAGAAGAUGCAAAUAUUAAAGCUAUUAAUGAAGAGUACAGGAAAGCCUUUAUAUUUAUCAAUAAGGGACUGAAUACAGAUGAACUAGGUCAGAAGGAAGAGGCAAAAAAUUACUAUAAGCAAGGACUUGACCACCUGCUCCGAGGAAUUAGCAUUCCAUCACAGAGUCCUACAUGUGUAGGAUCCCAAUGGGAGUCUGCCAGGCAGAUGCAACAAAAGAUGAAGGAGACCCUCCAAAAUGUUCACGCUCGACUUCUUGUUCUAGAACAAGACACCCUCACUGUGCAAACAAGUCCUGACGCAACAGGUGCCCCUGCUGAGGUGCCCAAGUUAUACCCAUCUAUUCCUUCUAAAGAAAAGCCAGAAAGACCUCCUGCGCCUGAUUCUCUGUUUGCUCCAAGCCAACCACCUGUGGCAAGCAAAAGUGUUGCAGCUGCGAGCAAGGGACAAAUUCCAGCUAUGAGUCCAUCAGCUCCAAAACCUCUUUGUCUGCCAAAUGAAGCACCUCCUGCCUACACGCCUCAAGCUACCAACGGCCAUUUUACUGUGUCUUAUGGCACAGACUCUGGGGAGUUUUCAUCUGUAGGUGAGGACUACUACAGAAAGUGUAAUCAGCCACCUCCCCUUGAAAGUCUGGGAGUGGAUGCAGAUGAGCUGAUCUUGAUUCCUCAAGGAGUACAGAUAUUCUUUGUGACUCCUGAUGGGCAAGUUAGUGCUCCUUCAUAUCCUGGAUAUCUACGCAUCGUGAAGUUCUUGGAUACAGAUAGUGAGAUGGCCCAGAAUCGUCCACCUGCAUUUCUUCAGGUUUGUGACUGGAUGUAUCCUCUAAUGUGUAAUCAGUCUCCUGUUCUGUGCUGCAGUACUGGAGUCUACAUGUUUCCUGACACAAUGUCACAGGUGCCAGGGUCCUAUGUGGGAGUAGUGUUGUCUUCAGAGCUUCCAGCAGCUGACAGGGAGCUUUUUGAGGAUCUGUUAAAACAGAUGUCUGAUCUUCGAAUACAGGUGCCAGGAUCCCAUGAGAAAGUAGGGUUAUCUUCAGAGCUCCCAGCAACUAAGAGAGCACAUUUUGAAGAUAAGUUAGAACAGAUGUCUGGCCACAAAGUCCAGCCUUCAGAAGCCUCUAGUGAUACAAUUAACUUGCCUCAGACUGUGCGUAUCCAACCACAAGCUGAAGGAGAGGAAAAAGAGAAAGAAUUGCCAGAAUGGAGUGAGAAAGUUGCCCAUGGAAUCUUGUCAGGUGCAUCUUGGGUAAGCUGGGGCCUAAUGAAAGGAGCAGAAUAUACUGGCAAGGCUAUCCACAAAGGAGCUUCUAAACUGCGAGAACAUAUUCAACCGGAAGAAAAACCUCUGGAAGUCAACCCAACUGUAGCAAAGGGGCUUCAUGUAGCAAAACAGGCUACUGGAGGAGCUGUGAAAGUCAGCCAAUUUUUAGUUGAGGGAGUGUGUUCUAUAGCAAGCUGUGUUGGAAAGGAGCUGGCUCCACAUGUGAAGAAGCAUGGCAGCAAAUUAGUUCCAGAAUCUCUUAAGAAAGACAAAGAUGGUAAAUCUACUUUCGAUGGUGCUCUGGUGGUAGCAGCAAGUGGAGUUCAAGGUUUUUCAACAGUGUGGCAAGGUUUAGAAAGUGCAGCCAAGUGCAUUGCUAAAAGUGUUUCAACUGAGACUGUAAAAACUGUCAAAUACAAGUAUGGAGAUGAUGCUGGCCACGCUACAGACAACGCUAUGAAUUCUGCAAUCAAUGUUGGUGUGACAGCAUUUAACAUUGAUAACAUUGGUAUCAAAGCUGUUGUGAAAAGGACUGCAAAAGAAACUGGCCAUGCUGUGUUGGAUGAAUAUAAAGUAUUGGAUAAGGAGAAAAAGGAUAAAAAAUAAGAACAAUGAAAUAUUUCUCAAAGUCUUAGGUUAGAGAUGAAACUUCCUAUUUAGAAGUAACUAUAUUACUAAACUGUGAUUUAACACAAAUCAUACUAUACUUUUCAAGCAACUGUUAAUUAAUUUGACCUGAAAAUAUAAAGUUUGGGGAGGUGUUCUUAAAAGGAAAAAUCAAAGUCUUGUCAUUCUGUAUUGAUACAGGGAUUUUGACAGCUUGGGGGAUACAGGUCUGCAGUUAAUAAACUUGCCUCUGUAAGCACUUUUUUCAAAAUAUAGUAAGAAACAGUAGAAUAAUAUAGAAACAUUAUUGUGAAUAUUUUUAUAAUACUUUAUAUUUGUAAAGAAGGUAGUGAUACUGAACGAAUAGGGUUACUAAUUCUGUUCUUAGUUUUUGUAAAACCAAACAAUUAAGCUUUACUAAAACUAAACAUUAUUUAAUAUGCACUACUUAUUUAAGUUUUGUGUUUUGCUCUUUUGUUUUCUAGAGGAAUUCUUGUCAUAGCCACUAAAAAGCUAAUCUUAUCCAAAGUUUAUAUUAGAAGAAAUGAAAGAUGAACCUCAGGUAUAGCCAUUCCCUUUAAAAUUAUUUUUUCCAUCCAGCAUAUGAACAAACCAAAGAUACUAAGCAUUUCCUUUAAUAAGGGGGUACUUUCAUCCCUAGAAAAAUGUAUUUUUCAGUUGGCACUAUAAGUAAUAUUCAAAGAUUAUUUAAAAUUGAGAUUUUUGUAUGGAGAAGCUGAGUGCAUUUCUGCAUAAACAAAAAUAUUUUUCUGUAAAAACAUUCUGGAGAGGUCAUUAGAAAUGUCUAUGCAUUCUGUCCUUUUCAGCCAAUCCACAAAGAGUCAUAGUAUGUAUUACUUCUGAUGGAAGUCAUAAUAUAUAUGCCUUCUAACAGAAGACAUGAAGUAUUUGCUUCAAGAAACAAUUUUAAGUCAGCUCCUUUAUUCCAAUGAAUUCAUAGUUGCACAAGGUACAUCUUUAAAGAGUAUGAAGACAAGCAUCUUUAAUUGGAUGUGUAUGGAAUAUGAUAGACACUACUGUGUAGCUUUUUCAUUCUACUGCAGUGUGAAAUAACUUCUACGUAGAACAACUGAUAAGAGUCCUUCUUCCUUCUGAGAUGCUUUUUCACUGCUGCUUGUGUAAAGUUCAUUAGUGAGUUUUAAAGCUGCUAUACAUUCUAGUCUUGACUGGUCCAACGGCAAAUGGAGUACUGUCAAUUUACAACUCACCUUCAUAUCAAAUAAUGGGAGAAAAUAACUGUGAAUGAUUGUUAGAAAGUGGUAUUUGUAUAUCAGAUUGGACAAAAAAAAUGUAGUAACAAAAAUAUCUACUGGAGGAGUAACAGGUAGCACAUUUUGUGGUAGUUAUUGUAGGUGUUUACUUUAGCAUGAGAAGUAAAACAAAGGGGCUAACCACUUGAAGUGUAACUUGGACUGAUUUAUAGAAAUAAAAAUAAAAUUAAAUAAAAUUAAAA